GCGCUCACCGCGAAGGCCAAGAACGUCUGGCGGCUGAGGGCCGCGCUUGGUAGCCUCUUGCGGCGGAAGUGGGUCACUGGCUACGCGCUGCGGGCCGUCCUUGGGCACAUCACCUGGAUGGGCAUGCUGCGGCGCGAGGCCCUGACGACCCUGCACGCCUGCUACGCUUUCGUCGAGGUGUUCGAGGGCCGCCCUGGCCGCCUGUGGGACUCAGCGGCGCGGGAGCUGAUCACGGUUCGCAACCUGUUGCCGAUCCUGCAGGCGGACCUGACCGCCGGCUGGUACAGCACGAUCGCCUGCAGCGAUGCCGCGCCAGAGGGGCUCGGUGUUGCGCGCCAGCGGUUGGAGGCCGCGGUCGUCGCCAGCUGCGCCCGGUUUUCAGAGCGCUGGCGGUUCAAAGUCGCCGGGGCGCAGGCAACUCGCGAGCGCCCCCUUGCUUGCGGAUCUGCGUCGGAAAAGCUGGCUGCCACCAAAAACGGAUAUCGCGCUGCUGACGCUGACCCUGAUGCCGCCGAGACCCCGCUCAAGCACGUGGAGCCCUUCCCGAACUAUAUUGUGGCGCCCCUCGCGGACCCCAUUCUGGAUUCUGGCAGGGUGCUCGCCGAGGCGCCCGAGGAGGUCUCGGAGGACCCGGAGGGCUUCGCGGUGAGGUUCGAGGAGGUCCCAGCAGACAUCACCGACUCCCCAGCAUGGCGACCCUCCGCGGCCGUCCAGGUCUCAGGCGGAGCGAACAUCCUGUUCUUGGAAGGUGGGUCGCCUCAGAACGGAACGCAUCGGACCCAGUCAGCCGCGGGCGGUAUGGCUGGUUCAGCGGGCGGCGCGUGCUGCGCGGGCCCGCGGGUGGCGCUCCUACUGGCCGUCGUGGCGGUCGCCACUGUGGGCCCCGUGGGCGCCGACGCGGCUCGGAAGUCUCGCGUGCCAAGCGCGGGAGCCGCCGUGGCGCAGCGGCAGAAGCUGGCCCAGCAGGCGCGGAGCUCGCGGCCGCUGCUGGCGGGGCUGACGCUACUGGAGACGCUGGCCAUCCGCGCGAACACCGAGCGGAGCUACUUGCAGAUGCUGAACAACUUCGUGCAGUGGUGCCAGCAGCACCGCCAGGACUGGAAGUCGUACGAGGAGCUCGACCCGGUGCUGUCGAGCUACUUCUCGGACCACUACUUGCUGGGGACGGCGUGCAACAUCGGGAGCCAGACGCUGGUUGCCAUCGCGCACGUCACGCCCUCGCUGUUCAAGCAGACGGUAUCCGUGCUCCCCCGGGCCUCGAGGGCCUCGGCCGCCUGGAAGCGCCGCGCGCCGGGCAAGACCCGGCUGCCGCUGCCGCGCCCUGCAGUCUACGCGAUCGCGGGCUGGCUGAUCAGCCACGGGCAGCUUGGGAUGGCAUGCUGGGUGGUCCUGGCCUUCGCAGCCUACCUGCGGCCGGCCGAGGCGCAGGGCCUGACGCACGAGAGCCUGGCGCCGCCGGCCCCGGCAGCCGGCGCGGGGCACUCGUGCUGGGCCCUGCUGAUGCAUCCGCUGGAGCGCGGAGUGGCGGGGAAGACCGGGCACUGCGACGACGGCGUGCUGAUCGACCAGGCCCCCCUGUGGCCGGUGCUGGCGGCGAUGCGGCUAGCGACGCCGCCGGGGGCCAGCCUGUGGAGCUUCUCGCUGGACGAGCUCACCGCGCAGUUCAGCAGUGCGCGCCAGGCUCUGAAGCUGUCGUCGCCGAGGCCCCACCUCUACAGCCUCCGCCGCGGGGGGGCCUCGGACGACCUCCUGACGGGCCGCCGCAGCCCGCUCGAGGUGCAGCGUCGAGGCAGGCGGGCAGUGGCGUCGUCGAUGCGGCGCUACGGCAAGGAGGGCUCCCUGCUGGACGAGAUGGCGCGGGUGAACGCGGCUGUCUUCGCCUUCGGGGCCCUCGUCGAGGCGAACCUCAGCUCUCUCCUCGAGCACGGUUUCAGCAGGAUGAACCUGCGCGGCCAGGUGCCGGCGACUGCGCUGCCGGCGCUGGGCCCAGUGGCUGCGGCGCCAGCAGCAAGGCCCAGCAACGCCGAGGACGGGGUGUGCAGCCGGCAUCUCAAACGGCGCCUUCGGCGCGCUUUGCGUGCGCAGCGGACGCGGCGCGUGGUGCUGGAGCUCUUUGCUGACUCGUCACACCUCACAGAGGCGGUCAGGCGGCGUGGGCUGCCUGCGCUGGACCUGGACCUGUGGCGGGGUCCAGCUGAGGACCACCUCAGCCGCGAGUUCCGUGCUGUCGUGAAGGGCUGGCUAGCAUGCCGGGUCGCGGGCGCCGUCUGGUUGGGAACCCCUUGCACUACCUGGACACAGGCGCUACGACAGCCGCUGCGGACACGGACGCGGCCGAUGGGGCGGGCUGACCUCUUGCCUCGCGAGGCCGCCAAAGUUCGCAUGGGGAACCGAACUUUCCACUUAUCUUGUGAUGUGAUUGAGCUUUGUCUGGAGCUGCGUAUCCCAGUUUUCGUUGAGAACCCGGCGGGCUCACUGAUAUGGCAAGCGCGACGUCUGCAACGAUUGCUUCAGCAUCCGUCUUGCCAGCUGCUGACUUUCGACGGCUGUCAGUACGACGCCCCCUGGCGUAAGCGGACGUCGGUGGCGGCCUGGAACGCCGUCGACCUGUCCCGCCUUCAGCGGCGCUGCGCCGGCAGGCGAGGGAUGUGCUCUCGUUCGAACAGACCUCACGUGAUCCUCACCGGCCACGCCGGCGGUGCGCACCUCACGGCGCAG